AUGUCAGAGUUAAUGUGUUAUGAUGGUGGUGGUUAUGGUGGUGGUGGUUAUGGUGGUUGUGGUGGUGAUGGUUGUGGUGGUGAUGGUUGUGGUGGUGAUGGUUGUGGUAGUGGUAGUUGUGGUGGUGGUGGUUGUGGUGGUCGUGGUGGUGGUGGUUGUGGUGGUCGUGGUGGUGAUGGUGGUGGUGGUAAUGAUAAUGAUAAUGAUAAUGAUGAUGAUGAUAUUGAUGUGUGUGGUAUGGAAGUGGUGCUGAUGGAGUUCGGUUGA